AUGGGCGGUUCAAGGGGAAGCAAGAUACUCAUAACCACGCGCUCUUCGUUGGUCGUGGAGGCUACAGAUGCGAAGUCAAUUAAAUUUAAUCUGCGUGGCUUAUCUGCAGAAAAGUCCUGGGACUUAUUCAAGAAAAUGGCUUUUAAAGAUGGGGAAACAUCAUCUGACUCGGUAUUAGAGGAGAUAGGUCGAGAUAUAGUUAAAAAAUGCGCUGGUGUUCCCCUUGCCAUCAAAACAAUAGGUAGCCUUCUAUACACCACAAAGAAAAAUGAGUGGCUCAAUUUCAAAGAGUAUGAACUUUCAAAUAUAGAUGACUCGGGAGAAGGAAUUAUGGAAGUCCUCAAGCUUAGCUACGACCAUCUUCCGUCGCAUUUAAAACAUUGUUUUGCAUAUUUUGCGCUAUUUCCAAAAGAUUAUGUCUUUGAUAAACAGACAAUAAUACAACUUUGGAUGGCACAAGGCUUUAUCGAGUCGCGAGAGGGGAGCAACGACCUAGAAGAGAUCGGAGAUAGUUAUGUCUGGAAUCUACAGUGUAGGUCCUUCCUUGAAGUUGAAGUGAUUGAUGAUGACGCUGAUGAGGUGAACACGUUCAAAAUGCACGAUCUCAUGCAUGAUCUUGCCUUGAAAGUCACAGGAGAUGAGUGCAAGCUGAUUGAUUUCAAUGAAGGCAGCAUCAUCAGAGGAAUUCGUCAUGCAUCAUUUGCUUCACAAUCGUCUUCACUACAAAAAGUGACCUCGCUACUUGAAGUGACCAAUUUACGAACAUUUCUCUCUUUGAAGAAGUGGAGCACAUCAAAUUUUUUAAAUGAACAUCAUGAGAUUAUCUCCAAGUUUAGGCAUUGUCGCGCAUUGGGUUUGCGCUAUGAAGAUUUUCAGAUCCCUCCUUCCUUGGGGAGUCAAUUGAAGCAUUUAAGGUUUCUUGAUAUUUCUGGAAACCCAUCUAUCCAAAAUUUGCCAGAUUCAAUCACGGAUUUGGUGAACCUACAGACCCUUAAGCUCUCUGAUUGUAAGAAUCUUACAACACUUCCAAGAGAUUUGAAGAAAUUAGUCAACCUUAGACACCUCUUGAUUGAUUGGUGUCAUUCACUAAGCCACAUGCCAUGCGGGUUGAAUCACUUGUCUAAUCUUCAGACUUUGAACCUAUACGUUGUCCAAAAGAUGGACCAUAAAGUACCCGGUGGUGUGGGGAGCUUAGAUGAACUGAGUGCCUUAAACAGAUUGGGUGGAUCCAUUGUUCUUCAAAACUUGAAGUUCCUUCAACCGGUACCGAACAAGGGUCACUUGCAGGAAAAGGAACGUCUCCAUUGCUUAAAAUUAGACUGGAGGAUGGAGCAGCAAGAUUGCAAAAGCGACAGUGAUGAAUUGAUCUUAUGGGAGAACCUUAGGCCACACCUAAAUUUAACCAGUUUGACCAUAUACUCAUGUAAGAAUAGGAGUUCACCAAGCUGGCUUUCCUCCAUGGUGAAUCUUAUUGAGCUCGAUGUUAAUAUAUGUACAGAAUGGAAGUACUUGCCGUCCCUACGUGAACUCCCUUCCCUAAGGAGAUUGACUCUUAGUAACUUGUAUGCGUUGGAAUUCGUUGAAGAGAUAAGUGAUCUGGAGCAAUCUGAUACUUCACCCCCCUGUCUCCCAUCUCUAGAGAAAUUGAAUCUCUAUUUUUGUCGUAACCUGAAAGGAUGGUGGGGAAGGAGCCAACCUAUGGAACCGGAUCAGGAUCAUCAGCAGUACAAUUCAUAUUCAUCAUUCCCAAAACUUUUGUCCAUGAAGAUAUGGGAUUGUCCCGACUUGAAUUCAAUGCCACUUUUUCCCCAUAUAGAAAGCUUGGAGAUUUUUGCGCAUAGCAUAAAAUGGUUGCAACAAAGGAUGGCGGUAUCCACAUUCAUCCCCCUCUAUAAAUUAGAGCGGCUACAAUUUGAAGUAUCGCCUGUGGAGCACUCGAUGCUUGAGACUCUACUUCCAUUCCUCAGAAAUCUUAAGACCUUGGUCUUCGACUAUUGUCCCGAAUUAAGGAGUCUCUCUUGUGGCAUGCAAUCCUUGUCCUUGCUGCAAAGCCUCAACAUUCGCCGGUGUGAAGAACUCGAUGUGUCAAGCCAUGACGAUGAGCAUGGAACCCAAUGGCGUUCCCUUGCAAAACUCCGUUAUCUUACUUUCUACCGUCUUCCGAAACUAGUGGUGUUACCUCAGGGGAUUCAACAUAUCACCACUCUGGAAUCUCUCAAUGUUAGUCAAUGUGAGAAUCUAAUGAGUUUGCCAGAAUGGAUUGGCAAUUUCUCUACUCUUCAAAAUCUUGACGUUUCUGACUGCUCAAAGUUAACGUGUUUGCCUGAUGGGAUAAGCCGCCUCACCUCCUUGAAGACAUUGAGAAUCGCUGAGUGUCCCGUUUUGCAAGAGAGGUGCCAAAGAGAGUGUGGUGCAGAUUGGGAAAAGAUUGCACACCUUCCAUGCUCACGGGAAGAAACUAUUGUGCAGUGGUGA